AUGCAGUACGUGCCUAGCCUCAUCAACCACCUCUACACGCUGCCCCCAAGUCUGACGUCGGGCUUGUCCGAGCUCUUGAACCGUGCUUGCAAGGACACCUUUGUCAAAGCCUUUUUUGCCAAGGUAAACCUGUCUGCACCGGCUGGAGCUGAAGGUCAUGACGUUACGCUGGAACAGCUCCUGGAGGCUCGCCUCUUCACGCGGGCCAACACCGGGGGCUUUGGCCUGCACGACUUGGUUGAGUGCGAUCCGGUGGCUUAUGUCUGCAACAUGGCCAAGCUGGCCACUCGCUACCCUCGGGUCUACGAUCGACUUUUGGAGGAUGCAUCGAGGGCUGCCGACUUUGAGGACCACGUGCAGCGAGCUGGCUUCCAGAUGGCCACGGUCAAGGACGCGGCGACCCAGCGACCAGCUGAGAUCAUUGCCCUCCGCUCCAAGGCCGCACUGGACGACCUGAUGGCCAAGUGCGCGCUGGACCUGCAGCAGGCAUAUCUGGCCUCGCGCGACGUCACAACGCCCUUCGCGACGAGAUGGGCCGCCUGCUCAGCCCAACCCCCGACCACCUCGCAAGCCUGCAUCAAGGUGGGCGCUGCCCUUCGCCGAGCCGAAAAGGAGAAGCGCGACUACUACACCGGUUUCAACCAUGGAAAAACUCUGAUCGUCCCUGCGGCGAUGACGACAACCGGUGGGUUCGCCUCCUCCUUUGUGGAUCUGCUUGGUCAGCUCGCCCGCUGCGCCGAGGCCCGUGGUGUGUACCAGCCGGGGCUGGAUGAGGCCUUUGUUCCUCGGUGGAAGGGUCGCUUUGCGGCGCUGGUCCAUCAGAUGAACGCUGACCACAUCCAGCGCCACUUUGGCGGUGUCUGCCUGCGCUCGUCGUAG